AUGGUGUUUGGCGGAAACUACGUUUCUUUGAACUCGCCUGAAGGAAAGCCAUGGUACUUUGUUUUCCGGCAGUAUGCGCUUCUGAGUGCUUUGUUGGUGAACUCGUUGGUAUUUUUCGGUCUAUGUUAUUCGCUAUAUGAGGUCCGUCAUGACGGAAAGAAUUCAGCAAAAAAUUUGCCAGCUUAUAAGUCAUUGAGUAUUGAUACGUUUGAGUCAGAGCUGCAGCCUAUUGACUUUUUGAAUGCCUCAGCUGUUUUUGCCGAGGUCCACAAUGCUCUGAAGCAGAAAAAUGCCGAUGUGAAUCCAAUCAGUGUCAGUUAUAUUCCGGCCUACAUUCCUGAAGGAACAUUGCUGUAUCAUUCGAACCACAACGGUAAGGUUCCCACCACGUACGAAUGGGUGGCCAUGGACUACGAGUUCAGCUACAAUUUUGCGCAUUUCGACAGAGGCAAGCCCAACAACGGGUUUCCUGGCAGUCCAGGAGCUUCUCCUAAACCACCAAAGGCUUCGGACGACGGCUUCAAAAAGCCCCAUGGACACCCACAUAUGGACUUCAGCGGCCCAAGCACGCUCUUGACGUUCCAGGUCACCAAGCCUUUGGAUAAGCUGAUUCUGCUUGGCGGAGCCUCUGCUUCCAAAACAACCACUGGAGAAAUGGAUACUCAGUACAUUUUGUCGCAGAUCGAGAACUACGACGACUUUGAUGAGAGAAUCGGGUCCGACAAGAUCUGUGAAUGGGGAAGAAAGCACGGUGGUCUGGAUGGACUUGUUCGACUGGAAAUCGGGUUCGAGAUUGUCAUUUGCGACUUUUCUGAAAAAUUGGAGCUGGUUUCCAACGUGACGCUGAGAAACGUCACUGACAUGAUAGAUUUUCCUCGCGAGGUAUUCACGGAUGAGCCAUCCGAUGACCUCAACGCUCAGAGAAGCGGCGUGCUCGAUACCAUCGAAUCAGUGGUCGGGUUUGAGCACUACCAGGCUGGUGGCAGAGUCUACGACGGCGAUAAGCGGGUCCUGAUGGACUUCUCCAAGAUGGUCACUCCGCUCAACAAGACCUUCAUUGAUGCAGACCCAUACUUAAGAAGAAUUGACAAUCUCACUGCCGAUCUUAAAUCCGAGAUCAUCGAUGAAGUUGCUGAAAUGCUUGCUACGCCAAAUGAUCCGUACAGCUCUACCAAUUGGCAAUUGAUCACCGAUAAUAUUGUCGACAAGUUUGCGCCAUUGCUUGUCAACCUGAACUCGUCCUUCGCCUUAUACGAUGCUCACAAAAGCUACCAGACCCUGGGAACCAAUCUGACUAGUUGGAGCUACAACUACAUCAGAAGAUACCUGAGCGACCCAGAAACAGAGCUUGUUCCUCAUCUUCGCAAAAUGGCGAUCUGGGAUUACGCCCACCCGCUGGAACAGAUUCAAUCAGAGGCAGACUUCUUGAUCUGGAACUCGGUCACUGUUGUGCAGUCGGCAAUCGUCGAUGCCAUUUACGAGUGCUUUUUGCUUAGCAAGACGCUUCUUUCAGUGCUGACGGAGAAAUCGCUUCCUGACGACAUUGAGGAGCAAAUCGCAAGCACCAGAAAUCGGCUCGCAACGCUAUUGGCCGAGCUCAACUGGGCUUACUACUACCAGUGCUCGCAAAAGUGCAAAUCCGACGAGCUGUGCUUUAUUCCCACGUGGGGACCUGCUCCUUUGAGUUGGAGUAAGCGCGACAUGAUUGGGUUCUACAUUGACGAGUCUGGCAAAAAGCGAAUCUCCAAAGAGCUGCAGUGCAUCAAUUACAACACGCUGUUGGAGGCCGGUAGAGGCUGGUGA